GUUCUCAUUUUGUUCUGGUGGCUUAAAAUAUAAUGUUAUCGCAUGACUGACUUAACUCAGUAGCUUGUUUGUAUUAUUCUUAUUCAUAUUAUUUCUGCUUAUAGUUCUAUUUUAAAAUAUGGCUGAUGACAAAAAAAGCCAAUUUAUCUUUACUUGGAAAAUAACAAAUUGUUUAACCUGGAAUAGCGAGGAAAAAAUUUCCAGUCCGAUAUUUGUAGUGGAUUUUCUUGUUGUACAAGAAUGGUAUUUAUAUUUCUAUCUAAAUAAAUAUUGCGAUGAGACAAAAUGUUUUGCAGAAUGUUUUCUGUCAAGGAAAAAACCAGAUUUAUUUACGCAAGAAGUGAUCCUGAAUUAUAAAAUAGAAUUUGUUGACAUAAAUGAUCGAGUUUUAAACAGUAAAUCUUCCGAAAUAGAGUUUAAAGAGGGUGACUCAUGGGGUUGGGAUAUGAUUGAAGUUGAGCAACUAUAUGAAAGUAUGAAAACUUGGAGCGAAGAUACCUUGACGAUUCGUUGUACAAUAACAAGUCUUGAGAACACUGAGAAACCGCUAAGAACAGAGUGCGAUGCUCUUACUAUUAUAGAUGUCGAUUCAUGUGCUUUUAAAUGGGAUCUUUCAAACUUUGGAUUUCUAAACUCUACUGAUAGUGUAACAUUGCCAUAUUUAGACUCUUCUGACUUUAAAAUUACUAUAAGUGCGCCAGAGAAGAAUGUUACUAUCAAUAUACAGGUAUUAAAAGAGGAAUUAUUAAACGAAUUAAUCAAGAUUAAAAUAACUUUUUUAAGCGACAUAUGGGGAGAAAUAGCUUCUAAGUGUGAUGUACAUACUUUUGAAUCGAUGGAGCCAUGGCAAUAUCCAACAUUUGUCGCUAUGGAAGAUUUGAAAUUAGCAAAAGCUGUUUCUACUCGACACAAAUACACAUUCAUUUGCGAAUAUGCCGUUUCAAAAGUAAAAAUUGCUUCAUCAACUAUCCAAAGAUACAUUCACAGAUUAAAUUUCAGUAAAGAAUUCAAUUCAAAGCCAAAAUCUUGUAAUCGUUUGUUGAAUGAUUUUCAGAAACUCUACACCAAUAAAAAAUUUUCAGACGUAAAACUGCGAGCAGAAAAUGAAGAGAUUCUUGCCCACAAAGCUGUCCUAGCCGUUCGAUCACCUGUUUUCUCGACAAUGUUCGAUCAAGAAAUGAUGGAAACUCAAACUGGCACUGUAGACAUCCAAGACGUGGAUAUGAACACUUUGCAUAGCUUAAUAGAGUAUAUAUAUACUGAAACCAUGCAUGAUAUGGAUUGCGAGAGUGCAUUGAAACUGUUAUUAGCAGCUGAUAAGUAUCAGGUUCAAUCACUAGUGGAGGAAUGUUCAUCCAUGGUGUUGGGUCACUUGAAUAUAGAAAAUGUAUGUGAAGUGAUCGCUGUGGCUGAUAUGAUUAAUCAUGAAAGUUUGAAGAAUAUAGUACUAAACUAUAUGUUUGGUAAUGCUACACAAGUUUUAGAGACAACUAGCUGGUCUGAAUUGAUUGAAAAUAAUGUGAAAUUAGCUUCUGAUAUUUUGAGCAAAUUAUCAAAAUAUUUUAAGCAUAAAAAACAGCUUGAAGAUAA